CAUCUUUACUUAACUUUAAUUGCUCUCUACAAAGUUUCCACUGGGUAAUUCUCGGGUGUAUUAUUGUGCCCACUUUUGUUACUGACAUUAAAUUUGUACUGUCUUUUGUGCGCUUUGUGUGAUUUAGUGUCAGAGGUUUGCACCGUUUGGAGCUAUUUAAAUGAGCCUCCUGCUCUGGCAUCGGUUCACAAGCAAAGAGGCUUAAGUCUAGCCAGCGCGGCUGAAAGGAACUGUGUCACCCAAUAGCGUGGGCUCCAUUGUACCCCGUGAAAGGCCUAAGGAGCACUCUGGCUAUUGUUUUCUCUAAAGGGGAGUCAGGUUACCUUGACAACGGCAGGAUGCCUACCCAUAGGUCCCGGGCCACAGAGAAAAGGCACAGCCGCCGAAGGAGGGAAAGAACCCCAGAGGAGACAAAAAAAGGAGGCAAGAUACUGGCCGGCCCCAACUUUAUUUAUUUAUUUUUUUAGCUUGUGUGUUUUUUUCCGUGAACAGGCCCCGGCGGGUCGGGACGGAGCCCCCGAGGAGAGAGAUCCAGCAACAGGGGGCCAUGCACGUUGCACUGCGGCCGCGCAGCGGUUGUCUGGUGCUCUGCCUGUGCCUGUCUGUGAUCACCCUGCUGCUGCAAACCCUGUGGGUGCCACUGGAGACGACCGUGGAGGAACCUCCCGGCAGGUCACCGGAGGAACGCGGUCGGCGCGGCCUCGGCUCCCGCGGGCUGGCGCUCCGCUUGGAGGCCUUGAGCGCCGAGGUGCUGCGGCUCAGCAGAGGAGGAGGAGGAGGAGGAGGAGGAGGAGGAGGAGGUCACGCGGCCCAGCUGAGCAGAGAUGACCUCGGCCGGCUGCUGCGGAGCUUCAGAGUGGAUCAGCGAGGCUUAACCCGCUUGGUGCAGAGGGAGCUGAGGCGAGUGUCCGAGAGGCUCGACCGGCUGGGCCGCCGGCCUCACGCGGCAUCACAUGACCUCAGGCCGCACGCAGGGCCCGAAGAGCGGUGCGAGGUGCCAGCGGACCGAGCGUAUCCGCUGUGUGGGGAGAAAGUGGAGUUCCUGCGGGCUCGCUGGCACACAGACCCCUGUUAUGCCUUCUACGGGGUGGAUGGGACCACCUGCUCCAUACUGACGUACCUCAGCCAAGUGGAGGACUUUUGUCCCUUGCGCCUUGGAAGGAACCACUCGGCGCCGCCGCCGUGGCGCCGCCCAGCUCCCUCCGACCCCCCCGAGGCGGAGGUGCGCACCACUCUGGGCCCGCUGUAUGAGGUCAUCGGCAACAGCAGCGGCCCGGCGCUGGACUUCAUCCGGUCCAGAGUGGAGAGGACGUCCGAGCGGUGGACGCGGGCGGCUCUGAGGAUGAGGCGAAGCAGCACCAGGACGCCCUCGACCCAGAUGAGGGUGCUGCUUUACCCCGGGGCCCUGGCUGGGGGUGUUGGCCGGCGGUUUGAGGCCCUGGUGGACAGAGGGGGGCCUCUGGGGGAGCUGGUGCAGUGGGCCGACCUCAGCGCCUGUCUGACCAUCCUGGGCCACAACUUGACCUUCAGCACCUCACGGCGACUCCUCCACAGCCUGAUAGGCGCAGCGCCAGGACGAGGCAGUUGUCCGAUCCAGAGGCCCCUGACCUUUGACCUCAUCUACACUGACUACCACGGCCUUGCUCACCUUCAUGGCGCCAUGGGACUGGCUUUCCUGCAUUACCAAUGUCGCUUCAGAAUCCUCGACUCCUUUGGCACCGAACCGGCCUUUAACCUGCAGAGUUAUGCGCGUGCACACGGAUACGAAACGCUGUGGGGAAGCUGGGGGCUGCAGCCCCGGCAGUACAUGACCAUGUUCCCUCACACCCCUGAUAACUCCUUCCUGGGUUUCGUGAGCGAGGAGGCAGCGAGGGGGGAGGCGGGGGAGGAGGAGGAGGAGGCGCUGCAGCCGGACAGGAAAGAGCGGAUAGCCGUCGUCUACGGCAAACAAGACUACAUGUGGCAGGGCAAAACCGAGUACGUGAAGGCGAUCAGCGAAGAGAUGGAGACCCACGCUACAGUCUACCAGCCUCCAGGACUUGCCUCCGAUCUGCCCAGCUUCAUCCGAAAUCACGGCCUGCUGACCCAGGAACACUUUGUUCAACUUCUACGCAGGGCCAAGGUGUUUGUAGGUCUCGGGUUCCCAUAUGAGGGACCGGCCCCCAUCGAGGCAAUAGCCCUCGGCUGCGUCUUCCUGCAACCACGAUUUCACCCCCCCCACUCGGCAGACAACAGUGAUUUCUACAAGGGGAAGCCCACCACCAGGAAGAUUUCCUCCCAGCAUCCUUACGCUGAGGAAUUCAUCGGAAAACCUCACGUGUGGACCGUGGAUGUGACCAACAGGACUCACGUGAGGGAGGUCGCCAGAGCCAUCCUCCUCACAGAGGUGAAGCCUUUC